UUCAAGUACGUUGCCAGCAGCUAUAAAGCAAAUUAUCUACAGGGCAGCUCAAGUUUCAGACCUCGUACAGACAUGUUGUGGACAAUAUUUUUACUUCUAAAUGGAUUGCUUGUACUAGUUUUUCUUUAUUCCUCUCGCUCAAGACAGAAAAAUGAACCUCCUCUGGACAAAGGGUUUAUUCCAUGGCUGGGACACGCGCUUGAAUUUGGAAAAGAUGCAGCAAAAUUUUUGGCUCGCAUGAAAGAAAAACAUGGAGAUAUCUUUACUGUCCGUGUUGCUGGUCAGUAUGUGACAGUGCUGUUGGAUCCAAACUCCUUUGAUAGCGUGCUGAAUGACACACGCUGCUUGGAUUUUACUCACAUCAGAGGCCGACUUCUAAAAAGGAUCUUCUGUCUGCUACCAGGCAUCAACCCCACAUCAGAGAGAAGCUGGAUGGAACAGCAUUUUCAAGGUGCCAGUCUCUUGAAUCUCAGCAGUUCCAUGAAUGUUCACCUUCGCAGCCUGCUCCUGAAUAACCACAAUGGGUGGACAGAGGAUGGUCUCUUUAGCCUCUGCUACAGUCUUCUUUUCAGGGCUGGUUAUCUUACACUGUUUGAGAGGAAAGACAAUGCUGCUGUUGUCUACAAGGAGUUCCGCAAGUUUGAUGAUCUUCUCACCAAACUGGCUCGCUCUUCCCUGAAGCGAGAGGAAAGUAAAAUAGUCAACACAUCCCGGGAGCAAUUAUGGAAGCUGCUGUCCCCAAACUGUCUGGAUGAAGGGUCACAGUCUAAUUCCUGGCAGCAGAGCUACCAUAACUUUCUGCAGAAGGAGGGAAUAGAUGCAGACAUGCAGAAAAAAGCUCUGCUGUUACAGCUGUGGACCACACAGUGCAAUGCUGGACCUGCUGCCUUUUGGGCCCUCAGCUUCCUGCUCACUCACCCUGCGGCCAUGGAGGCGGUUCAGUCAGAGAUCAGAAGCCUGUCAACUCUCCGGGAUGCUUCCCUGCAGCAUCCCCUCACAAAUCUGCUGGAAGCUCACAGCACACCUGUGUUUGACAGUGUUCUGAGCGAGACCCUACGACUCACCGCUGCAGUAAUGAUCAACAGAGAAGUGGUUCAGGAAAAGACCCUCCGCAUGGCCAAUGGACAAGAGUACCAUCUUAGACGAGGAGACAGAGUGUGUCUAUUCCCCUUCCUCAGCCCUCAAAUGGACCCACAGAUACACCAAGAACCCCAGAUGUUCAAAUAUGAUCGUUUCCUAAAACAAGAUAAGACAGUGAAGGACAAAUUCUACAAGGAUGGAAAAGAAAUGAAGUACUUCAACAUGCCUUGGGGUGGAGGGAAGAACAGCUGCCCUGGCAAGGAGUUUGCUGUCACAGCUAUUAAACAGUUUGUGUUUUUGCUCUUGACCCAUCUUGAUCUGGAGCUGUGCAACCCUGAGGCUAAACUUCCACCAGUUAAUCCCAGUCGCUACGGCUUUGGGAUGCUCCAGCCUGAUGGAGAUCUGCAGGUCAGAUUCAGACGGAAGAAUAUUUAGCAUUAAAUGCAACAUCCAAACUUACUUGAAAUAAGUUGAUUGCUAAACCUCUCUUGGUAAAUGCAGUGUAGCAUUAUUUAUUUUAUAUAUUACUUGUGUGGUGUAAAUUUUAAGUAACCUUUUUAUUUUUAAAAUAUGUUUGAUAAAAAAUGUAACUGAUAUGUAAAAUAUUUUUAAUAAAAAGUUUUAA